AUGUUACAGUUCAACCGGAAACUUUCAAAAGCAAAGCGCAGGGUUACAUGCAUAACUGACCGGUUGGACUGUAACAUCACGGGGGUUCCGAAGCAAUGCCUUCCCGUUAUUCUCAAGUCAUCGCCUGCACAAAUCGUCUUGCAUCAUGGAAUGCUGACUUCGGGGGGGAAGUUGAGGUGCUGCAUUUCUCUGUAAGUAGUAGUCCUUGCCUGACUUUUGGACCCUAUACUAACAUCGGCACGGUGAAAGGGCAGACAAACAUGCGUCUUCUGGCCGCUGCAGACCGCACGACCAAAACGGAUCGGCCAACGGCACAGGGCUUUGCAGAUUGGCUCUGAGGAGUUGGAGACGGCUCGGCGAACAAAACAGAAGACUAUCCCGCUCCGACGUGGGCUUCUCCUGCCGGCGACCACGAGGAACAGAUCCGGGUUGAUCAGACACGUUUAUCCCGGCCCCGCGCUCGAACUGGACAAUAUGUCGAUAGGCGAAAAAGUCGGAUACUUCCGAGAUCGAGCAAUUCUGGCGCUCGCAGGUGGAUCAGAUCAACGACAUGGUGCUCGACCUGCUGCCGGGUGACGCUCAAACGUUCUACAGCCCGGAUUCGGUCGAAAAUGAAGACGGAUCACUGUUCUCGAUCAAGUACCUUCAGAGUCUCAACAUUGCUGGGAUCCCGUUGCACGCUGCAAGAUUCAAAGUGGAAACUUGGACUGUGCAACGGCACAAGACUGUUGUCAACUCGGUUACACACCCGCGUGCUCGAGGCCAUCAUUCUUACAGGAGAUCAUGCUGGACAGCCAGUUUCGUUGCCACGGAUCACGCUGAAGACAGGGUCAUCAGCUGAGCUUCCGUUCACUCUGCAUCCGACGCAGUUUCCGAUUCAGCUGGCAAUGGCUAUGACGUUCAGCAAGUUGCAAGAGCAGUCACUUGCGCGGAUAGAAGUGUGUCUGGAGACGCCCGUCUUUUCUCACGGCCAGUUGUAUGUCGCGUUGUGCCGAGCAACGAAUGUGGACGGUGUCAGAAACGUCCUGAAAUGA